CAAAGCAUCACAACCACAAAAUAUCAAACACAAAGACCUAUUAUCAAAAGAACUAGAGAGAAAUGACUAAUCCCAUGAUCAAGGUUAUGCUAUUGUUGUUUCUUGUGUUGUCGAUUCGAGCAGACGAAGAGCUGAUGAAGAAAGAGUGUAGUCAGACAGGGAACCAAAACUUAUGCCUCUUUUGUCUUGAAUCUGACCCAAUCUCCUACCAAACCGACCGUGCUGGAUUCGUCAGCAUCACUAUACACUGUCUCGAAUCUCAACUUGAUAUUCUCAUCAACGACGUCACGAGUCUGUCGAUGAAAGGAGAGGGUGAAGAAAUUGAGAAUGUUCUGGAAGAUUGCAACGUAAACUUUUCGAUUGCAAAAUUACAACUUAACGAAGCCAAAGACAAGUUGGUAACCCUUAAUAACGAGAAAGCCUUCGGAUUGGUGAAAACUUCGGUUAGCUAUCUUCAGACUUGCAGAGGAAAUCUCCAAAAAAUCAAGUUCAACGAGUCACAUGAUGUUUAUGACGAUAUCGAUGUCUAUGUCGACCUCUCCUCUGUUGCUAAGACGUUGAUCCACCGUCUCCAUAAAUAAAUUUGUCCAUCCGAUAUCAAAAAAAUAUUUAUGUCGAUCGUUUGCUACCACCUAAUUAAAUAAAAUAAAAUUCCAUUAUGUGUGAUGCGUGAUUUAA